AUGGAACUCAACAGCAAGCAGCCCUUUCCCCACUUCCGAUUUAUCACCAACGGACGGUUCAUGAAAUUCUUCUUGAACCCCGAGCAAGAAGACAUCAAGAGCAGAUGGAACAAGAUCAACACCCAUUACGCACUCGUCCGUGGAGAUAAUCAAGUGGUCCUGGAAUACGACCCCCAACCCGCCCAGUCGCUCAUUGAUCAUGUCAAUCGCCGGAGAAUAGUCAGACCCAGUCUGCCGCCCGCUGUCGAAUAUUCCGAAGCCUACGGCCACCUCUGGCAUCCCAACGAGCACGGCGAUAACCACCAGGUCACCGAGCUUCCCUAUGAACUCGGCGUCUUCUGGUCCACGCAUAGAACCUGGGACGGCUUUCAUCUCAAUUGGGUCAAGAUCCUCGGCCAGGGCGGCUUUGGGGUCGCAACGCUCUGGGAGGCCAUCUUCGAGGACGGCACCUCGUGCAUGGUGGUCAUCAAGAUGCCCAGGCCUAAGCCGGGUGGGCACACCGAAGACCUUCGACGUGAGGUUUCAUGGCACAGAAAAUACGCUGGCGCCCUGCACACUGUGCAGGUCGUGGACCUCAAUGAGAUAGUUCGUGGGAAGAGGUACUACUAUGCGCAAGGCGGAGCCGGACCACCGAGAAUCAGGGGGCCCAUCUUCAACCCCAGACAUCUCAAUGUCUCGGUUCUCGAGUACGCCCAGCACGGCAAUUUGUUCGACAUGCUUGCCAAGAUCUCUUACUCCACAACACGUCUCUCCAACAAGGUGUUGUGGGAGCUGUGGGAGUGCUUGGUCCGGGGCGUUGCUUCGGUUUCACGCCAACGAGGCAUACUGCAGCAGGAUCUGAUGCCCGGUGUGAAGUACGGUCUCGACGAAGUGCUGGCAUCUAUCGAAGGUGGCGCCCCCGUCACAGCCUGGGAUUUUCUCCACGAUGUGAUUGAUUCGCACGACGUUCACUUUGACCUCGAGGAGCAAAACGUCCUGAUUGCGGCGCAUCCGAGUCACUACGGCAGUCCCCUCCUUAAGGCGCGUCUUCGCUCGUCUGUCCUCGACAACUGGGAGCAAGCAACCAGGGAAUGGGAAGACUUUGACGCUCUCAAUUCCCCGUCAGCAGACCAUUUUCGCGGCCAGAACCUUGACCGUGGAACCCCAGUGGCUGGACGGUACGGGACGUGGUCCAACAUCUUUCUCAUAGCGAGCAUUAUGGAAUCCAUCAUCACAGACCGGUGGAUCUCCUGCCCGUUCACGAAAUACUCGUACGUAACAGCCGAUGGGAUGAAGGCGGCCGAGACGUACGCACACCGCUUGCUGCACUCGGAUUACAGCUGGGUCGAGCCCGAGCUGCUUGAGCAAGUGAUACGCUGUCAGUUCCAUCAGCCCGCGGACCGGCCAAAUAUUACUGAGCUCCUUUUCGUUUGCGUGCGACGCAAGAUGAGGGGAUUCCCCGAGGAGUCGAACGAUGAGACGGCGCGGUUCUGGUACAAUUUCUGGCUGCCGUUGCCCGAGGACAAUGUUGGCAUGGCGCCAGAUAGUGGGCAGGAUAACGGCGACGGCAACGACGCUGGCGAGGCUGCGCAAGGGGAAGACAAGGGCAAAGCACCCCAGGUGGAGCUGCCUGCUGACUUCUUCGACGACCCGGCGGCUCACCAGGACAAGAUGCCCGGUGUCGAAACGAAGGACUGGUCGAAUGUCAAGGAUCUGAUCGCGAACUUGGUCAGUGCCGCCGAGAGGCAAGGCCCCAAAGCAAUGAGGCAUCUUACGGUGAGCGACGCCGGAUUUCAGCCCGACCGCCCCGGCAUCGACGCCGACCGUGAGGUCGGCUCUGACCCAGGCCAGCCAGGGGCUGGCUGGAAACCGCCCCCAUCGAGUGAGGGGCCAUCACCGCAGAUCGGCGAAAGCAGACAUGCGUCGUCAGGUAGCGGCCACGACUCCGGGCCAGCCUGGUCGCAAGAUGGGGCCAGGAGUGCGCCCAAGCCAAAGGGCGAUAGCUGGCCUUACCUCGGCAAGCUCCGGUAUGGUUCGAGUCCCUCGUCCGGAAGCGGCAAUUCCGGCUCGCGGGUUUCCAGACGGUCGCAGAGGCCUCGGCCCGGCUCCGCGCCGGGCCGCUUUCCCAGCGUGGCGAUGCGUAACCUCGCCUCGAGGGCGGACCAGCUGCAGAGUUAUCUCGACCAGGAAAUGGUUACCGGGGACCAGGGGACGACUGCCGAGGAUCAGGAGGUGGCCAGCUCAGACCCGGACAAGGGUGGCGGCACCUCAUUGGGGAUGCACAUGUAA